AUGGGAUUUAGGACUUCAUGCGAUGGAAACAGAGGUGAGUAUUCUUUCCCGUUUGAGUUUCUGCCUCGUGAAAUCAAAGAAAAAAUUCUCGAAAGAGUAAUGGAUGAGACAGCGGACUUCGAUGAGUUCAAGAAAUUCUGGAGAUUGAAACGAGUGAACAAGGAGUUCUACUCUAUCUUGAAUAGCAACUAUGCUAAACGUCAUUUCCUCAAAUAUCCCUGUUGGCUUGUGUUUGAUGCUAUACAAGUAUAUCCUGGUACAGAUGAGGAAACAACAAGCGACGAAGUUCAAAUGACGGUCUAUUGGCCGCGUACUCCGUGCAGGCCGUGUAAACCGUUUCGGCCCUGGAGAUCGUAUAGAGGCGAACACAUUUUUCACGACAAGAAGAUAGUAUAUGAUGAUGUAAGGCGGGGUUACUCACAAUUCGUCAGAAGCAGUCACCUCUUGAGAUGGAGAGAUGUUCCGAGAUACCUCAGAGAUAAACCGUUUCGUAUUGACCUCGUACAGAUCGUACCUUUCGUAUCAACUGUUCAUAUGUUACCUACUAUCGUGGAAUUGGCAAAUCAAGCUACCGAGAGCUUCGGAGUAGCCUUCAGGCCUGUUGAUCAGGAUAAUCAUGCUAAUGAUUCAAGUUCUGCUCAUUCUCUUACUCGUAGUGUACAUGAACACCAUUUAACUGAGUUUUUUUGGCCGUUCGUUAUAGGAACACUGAAAGAAGUCGAGAAAACGGGAAAAAUUUUCUUUGACUUCAAAAUUUAUUAG